CCUUGGUUCAAGAUUUGGAACCUGUGUCUGUGAUCAUGGCGCCAAAACCGGUGAUAAAGACUGCCUUCACCGCCAAAAAGGACAAGGAGGAGAAGAAGUCUACCGGAGAUGGCACCACGCCACCGAAACCUGAAGAUCAAGCGAAGGAUGUACCUCCUGAGCCUGAGCAACAACAGGUUCCGAAGAGUGGCGGAAAGCAGGGGAAGGGAGCCCAAGACAAACCCAAGAAAACCCAGGGUGGGGCCAAACUGUUUCCCGAAGCGAAGGGAUUCGAAUUGAGCCUCAAAACAGACCCAGGGAAGAGGGUGAUUUUCUGCUCUCAGAUGCCAAUCGUUCCAUUCCUCUUGACCGUGAGCGACUUGACAGUCGACUUUGUGUUGGGAGCGAUGGCGAUGCAAAAACAAGAUGUAUCUCCCAUCCUCGACCUGAACGUGCAAUACCAGUUUGACAACUCUGUGCUGGCUGAGCUUUCUAUGUUAGCCAACAAUUUGGAGAUGUCAAAUUUGUCAGUGUUUCUGACGAAAUUGCAUGGAACAGUGAAGAUGAGUGAUGAGUCAUCCAUCUAUGCAGCUCAAAUUCCCUUCAGCCCAUUUCCGAACGACCCCGAUGCAGGGCAGCCUUUCACUCCUCAGCACUUUGUGGGACGCCUGAAUUUGAUGGCGAUUUUCAAUGCAGAGCAGUUGAGGUGGUGUAUUCACCCAAUCACCAUGAGUGCGCUUACUUUUGCGUACGCAAGUGGUAUGGAUUGGGACACGGCAAUGAACUUUGUCUUAGGCUGUACCUACGGGCUGGACGAUCAAGCUCUUCGAAUUAUGCUGAGUGGUUUCAGGAAAUCUUAUGAGGCCCAGAGAACCCCGGCCCAAGAUGAAGCCAUGGCUCGAACGGAGAUCGCCAAUGUCUUCAAAGCUGAGUCAUCUCGACAUGGAGUCAGAUUCCUCAAGUAUGAAGGCCUGAUGUUGUCAGCAGAUCCUUCGGUCUUGUUGACCAAGGGGAUGACAGCAGAAACAAUUGGUGGUGAAAACAAUCCAGGUGAUAAUCACAUCCGCGCACUGGAUGAACAGGCAUCAGACAUUAAGACCACAGCUUUGUUGGCUGGUACCAAUUUGGUUAUCGAAGACAAUGCUGGAGCGUGGAUUACGAACAAUGAUUUGUUCAUGUCGAACUACCUGAGCAAUCCGAUGUUCCUGAGGUUUUCGGGUGUAGUGCCCGGAUCCAUGACUCACGAUCGCAACAACUUUCUCAGGAUCCAAGGCAUUUCCAUUGCAAAGAAGGCCAAUCCAACAGCCUACGUUGAUCAGGUCUGCAAUUUUCAUGGGGUCGAAGUCCCCUUGUCACAUGUGGUCGAACUUGGCCAGCUCAUUUGCAUCCGUUGCCAAGGUUUCAUUGAUGAAAUCAGUCCCAUGUCUCAGCCUAGGUCCGUUACCGAAGUCGAAGCCCAGCCAGUCCCAGUCCAUGACAUGUCUGCCUGCCGUGUCGGUUUGUCUGUGUCCAAGCCUUUCGAAGUGUCUCCGACUGUCGAAUGGUCCGAGCCUGUCCAAGAAGUCUUUCAGGUCCAGAGUGCAGUGCCGUGUGGUCCAGGGAGUGCAAGUGUGACUGGUCAGAGUGACAACUCCAGCAUUUCAUUGCUGGCAGCUGCCCCGCUGCUAGCGUUACAUGCAGAUCAGUUCUUGAAGCUUCAGACACCUGUCGUGAGGACCUUAGAUCAUUUGCAGGUUCAACAUGUUUUACUGAAGAUCAGCCGUGCAGUGGUUCAAGAGGAUCGUGAUGCAGAAGAUGGAGUUCGGGAGGAGUUGUGCUGCUCCCCUCCUGUGCCUUCUGGAGCAUGGA